CUGAUCGAGCCCGCGUUGGUCGUGCGUUGGAUACGACGCGUCGGUUAGAUAACAGUUCCAAUGAAACGUUCCGCGGGGCUUCCAUCGCAGUCGUUGUAAUUAUUUUUUAACGUCGCGAAUAUACAAGUGUAGAAUUUUACAGCGCUCGUUCAGUCAUCGCUUGGACAACGCACGGUCGACAUUCGCCGCGUCUUGUGCGUGCAAACAUCCCGCCGCGAUUUUUUUUUAUAACAAGAAACUAGUGCUUCUCGUAUCGGUAACGUUAUAAAUAUGCCUAAAAAGAAAUAGAUUACGUAACGUAUUUAAUUUAUAAUUCGUUUUUUUUUUUGUUGUUGCUUUAAUUUUAAAUAAAAGAACAUGUGCUAAAUUGUGAAAUCGAAUUGACAUUGCGACCGCAUGCAAACAGUGCUGUGUAGUCGCGUCCAAAAUUCUGUGAUACUGUUGCUGUGAAAACUUUAGUAAAUUAUUACAUUAAAAAAAAAAACUAACUUAAAAUCGUUUCGUGAAUUUAUUUCGCGAAACAUCCAAGAAUAAUUCUUUAUGAUAGGUCCAUAUAUGAAGUGUCAACAUUUCUACCCCAAACAUUAUGAUUUACAAAUGGAUAUUAUGAUAAGAGUGAAGUGUUGUCAAGAAACUAAAAAUCCAAAGUGACGAAGUGCCCUGUAGGUGUCUUUAGUGCUGCGUUCCUUUAUCCUUUCAAUGCUUAGUGUUUUCAAGAUGUCUGACAAGACCUCAUCGUCGGUCGGUCCCCGAAGUUUCGAGACGAUUUCGGAGGAGGACGUGACGUCACCCUGGGAGAAACUGUUGGAUGAUGUUAAUACUGCCGUUCCUACUAUAAUUAAAACUAAUGCGUCGAGUGCAACGAUUUCAAGAAUCGGGGAGGAGGUGUCUACGCACCCCCGAGUCGUGGACUUAGAGGCGAACAAGUUGACGCGCUCCAAGAGUCUCAACCAGCGGAGGAAUAGCAGCGGCCUCCUCAGUUCUAUCCCCCGGCAGCUGCGGCUCUCUCUCCGUGGCGUUCGCAGUGAACCCUCCAGCGUCAAGGACGUCCCGACAACUAGAAACGAUAGUGCCCUCAAUCUUCUUCUUAAAUACCGUAAUGCUCGUUACGCAGCGAGACGUGUGCGGAAGCGCGUCAUCUUCAAGCACGGAGACUGCAACGUGGUCCAAUGGAACGUGGCUAAGCGCAGGCGCCGAUACCUUCAGGACAUCUUCACGACCCUCGUGGACGCCCAGUGGCGCUGGACGCUGCUAGUGUUUGCGCUUUCCUUCAUCCUCUCGUGGCUCUUGUUCGCACUUAUCUGGUGGCUCAUUAUUUUCACUCACGGAGACCUCACCCCAAUUCCACUUACGGAACAGAGAGAACCACCCGUUCCCUGCCUCAACAACGUCAACUCCUUUACUGGCUGCUUCCUCUUUUCUGUUGAAACUCAGCACACCAUCGGCUAUGGAUCAAGGACAACGAAUGAAGAAUGCCCCGAAGCGAUAUUCGUCAUGUGCAUACAAAGUAUUGUCGGAGUUUUCAUUCAAGCUUUCAUGGUGGGUUUAAUAUUCGCGAAGCUGGCGAGGGCCAAAAAACGUAACACGACGCUCCUGUUUUCGAGAAACGCUGUUAUCUGUCUGAGGGACGGUGAAUUUUGUCUCCUAUUCCGCGUCGGGGAUAUAAGAAAGUCGCACAUUCUGGAAGCACACGUGCGUGCUCAGAUCAUACGUAAAAAGAUAACAAGGGAAGGGGAAGUUUUGCCCUUUUACCAGCAAGAGUUGAAGGUGGGAGCUGAUGGCGAAGAAGACAGACUUAUGUUUAUUUGGCCUAUGACCAUAGUACACAAGAUCAAUGAGAAAUCUCCGCUAUACAAUUUGUCAGCGUCGGAUAUGCUCAGAGAGAGAUUCGAGAUCGUAGUUAUGCUUGAGGGUGUCAUAGAGUCAACGGGAAUGACAACUCAAGCCCGCAGCAGCUUCUUACCAUCAGAAAUUCUCUGGGGACAUCGUUUCGAGACCAUGGUCAAGUUCAGAAAGGAUACCGGUGAAUAUGAGGUUGAUUACACGCGGUUUAACAACACAUACGAGGUGGACACGCCUUUGUGUUCAGCAAAACAACUAGACGAACUGCGCGCCUCUGUUUCAACUUCACAGAAACUCGAUCGCAUGCUACCGAAAACAUUCUCAAACGACACCCUAGAGCUGAGCUCCAUCGAUUCGAUGUCUUUGGAUGAGCACAUCGAGAUUAAGAUUCCGGAAUCGAGGGCCCGCGAGAACAGACUGAUGGCGCAAACAAACUUUGUACAACACGUCAACGAGAAAAACAAAAACCCAAGUCAUCAUAACCACUUGGCCGUUGAAAACGGACAAGAUUUACUGCACAAGAACACUAUAGAGAGUAGAGUCGAAGGAAAGGACAAUCAUCAUAUGCACAGAAGUCAUAGUCAUGCCAGCAUGAAGAGGGUUCAUGGGCUAAUACCGAACGGGAUAUGCCAUCCGAUUAGUGGUCAUGAACAUGUACCCGACGAUCAUACUCUAAACAAAUCCCCGAGUGAAAACUUCAUAGGGAAAACUCCAGUGAUUCCCAUCCUUGUAACGUCACCGGAGGCGGAGCCCGCCUGACGCCCCCCAGUUCCACUUUCCAACUUCAAAGCGACAAGACACAAGAAGUCCCACGUUAGGUUCUCAAAUUGCUGUGGGGACUUAACAAAUUUAAAUACAAUUUAUAUAUGAAUUCCAUUGAUGUACUCAUUUUACAUUAAAAAAAGGUGACGCUUAAAUACUUUAUUUCGAUUGUAGAUUUUUUUAAGCGGCAUCUAGUUUUAACAGAGAGAACAACGUAUGUAUUAGUAUAAUUAAUUUCCUUUCAUAAGUCUGAAUUUUAUGAACGUUAAGAGGUAUAUAAUUAAUUGAUUUAGUAAAAUUUUACCACUAAUUUAUUCUUCGAACUAUUUCUAGUACAUGUGUCGUUGAAGAAACCACAACACGAGUGGUAGGAAUAACAAAAAAAAAAAAUUUGCGUAAAAUAUAUUUUAUUAAAAGUAUUAAACAUAGGAGUCAGUGAGUUAUAGUACAACUGAAUUAGUUUUAGAUGAUUUAAAUUAAAUUUGAUUCGCAAUCGUGAAACUCAAAGUUUCAAAAGUCCUAUGUUACCAAAGUCCUCAAAACUCGACUGGUUAGAAAAAAAAAAACUAUUUAUUGCUUGUAAUUUUAUCCAAAACUUUAUAGGUUUUAUUGAUGUAUUGAUGACGUAUUUAAUAAAAAAUAACCUUGAUUAUAAAUUGGAAUCUAACUAUUUAGGUUUGUGUUUUAAAUCGGUGCCAAUAAAAACGAAUUUAAAAUUUAUAUUCAUAACAUUGUAAGAAUGUUUUUAAAAUGCUACAUCUAGCACAUGAAACAGUAGGUUACUGGUUAUUAUUAAUAUUUUUAUUAUUAUAAUAUUUUAUUUAUUAUAUAUUUCAUUCACAUAGUAAAACACAAAUAUGGAUACACUUAUAUUCGUAGGAUAUCAAAUAUCGAAUCUGGUUUGAUAAAAAUAAACACCACGCCGAAAUUUUUCAUUACUUCAAACGAUAAAAUUCUAUAUACUUUUUAAACCUAACAAAAUUUGUUUUUAUUCAUAUUUUUUAUAUCAAAAUAAAGUGUGACUUUUUAUUGUAUAAUAAAAAAAAUUAAGCGCUUAAAAUUGGAUUAAAUCCAAAUAAAAAUUUAUAUCCCUAUAAAGGAGCGCUAUUGCUUGAAUUUAAAAUAAUUUACAUGGCUAUUGCAUGAAGCGGUAUACGUACAAUCAUAGUAUCUAAUGUUUUAGCAAUUUUAUAUGUCAUACAUACUAUUAGACUAUUCAAGAACCGUUUCACGUAAAUACAGGGCAGGACGUUUUUAAAUAUUAUUGUGAUUUUUUCUAGGUAUAUAGCGUAUUGUGGUUGAAAAAGAAAAGAAGAACGUAAUGUUGUACAAUGUAUCAUAGUAUUUUUAAUAUUUCAUAUUAUGUAUUUUACUUAUUUAUCGUAACACAACAUCUACCUAGUAAAAUUCAAAAUUAAAUGUUCAUAUGUAAGUGUUGAUAAUGCUUGUGAAGUCUUAAAAAGUUUCUUUCCACUUAUCCGCGAAGAAAAAUGUACUUUAAAUAAAAUAAAACAGCGCCAAAUUUUAUUUGUCAUUUAUAAUCCAUUUAUUCCCAAUCACACGAGUUACUGUAAUCAAAGUAAAAUAAUUAAAGAAAAUGCAGCAGUAACCGAAAGUUUGAGAAUCGGUGGACUUAAUAUCGGGGGCCAAUGUCGGCGCAGGCGCUGAAAAAAUAUAUAUGCCCAAUGCUUUUUCUGGUGUUGAUAUAGAUAAAUAUAUCUAUAUCAGAGUAAAUAAAAAGUAUUUUAACAA